UGGACGGAAGUGGCUGUUGGAGGCUUUUAGGUAGCUUUAAAUUUCUGCAGUUUGGGACGCUGGCCUCUUUCCGCGGGAGUCCGGUAUUCCGUGAGGGAUGGCUGUGGACGUGAAGUCGCGAGCAAAGCGUUAUGAAAAACUCGACUUCCUCGGGGAGGGCCAGUUUGCCACGGUGUACAAGGCCAGAGACAAGAACACCAAUCAGAUUGUCGCCAUUAAGAAAAUCAAACUUGGACAUAGGUCGGAAGCUAAAGAUGGUAUAAACAGAACAGCCUUACGAGAGAUAAAAUUAUUACAGGAGCUAAGUCAUCCAAAUAUUAUUGGUCUCCUUGAUGCUUUUGGACAUAAGUCUAAUAUUAGCCUUGUCUUUGAUUUUAUGGAAACUGAUCUAGAGGUUAUAAUAAAAGAUAAUAGUCUUGUGCUGACACCAUCACACAUUAAAGCCUAUAUGUUGAUGACUCUUCAAGGGUUGGAAUAUUUACAUCAGCAUUGGAUUCUGCAUAGGGAUCUAAAACCAAACAACUUAUUGCUAGAUGAGAAUGGAGUUCUAAAACUGGCAGAUUUCGGGCUUGCUAAAUCAUUUGGGAGCCCCAACAGAGCUUAUACUCAUCAGGUUGUAACAAGGUGGUAUCGAGCCCCAGAGUUACUCUUUGGAGCCAGAAUGUAUGGUGUAGGUGUGGAUAUGUGGGCUGUUGGCUGUAUAUUAGCAGAGUUGCUUCUAAGGGUUCCUUUUUUGCCAGGAGACUCAGACCUUGAUCAGUUGACAAGAAUAUUUGAAACGCUGGGCACACCAACUGAAGAACAGUGGCCUGAUAUGUGUAGUCUUCCAGAUUUCGUGACAUUUAAGAGUUUCCCUGGAAUCCCACUACAACACAUCUUCAGUGCAGCAGGAGAUGAUUUGCUGGAGCUUAUACAAGGCUUAUUCUUAUUUAAUCCCUGCACUCGAAUUACAGCCACACAGGCAUUGAAAACAAAGUAUUUCAGUAAUCGUCCAGGGCCAACACCUGGAUGUCAGCUGCCAAGACCAAAUUGUCCAGUGGAAAUUUUAAAGGAGCAGUCAAAUCCAGCUGUGGCAACAAAGCGAAAAAGAACAGAGGCCUUGGAUCAAGGAGUAUUACCCAAGAAGCUAAUAUUUUAGUUGCAGAGAACACUGGACUGUAUUUUACUACUAAAGAGGAAAAAAUAGUCCAAAAUCAAAUAAUGGAAAAAAAUUAAAUAUUAUAGAUGAAAUCUGUAAAUAUACCACAUGUGUAAAAUAUGUAAAACUGAAUUAUUUUUAUUAAAUGUAUUUUAAAACAAA